UUCAAUGGAUAUGAUGUAAACAUGUACGGUAUAAAUCGUCUCUUACCAAAACAGCGUUUAACAGUCAACACAAUGUUCUCGCUUAGGAAGGUAGCGUUUACUGUAAGUAAUGUAAGAAACAGGUCAUUGGGGGCUAUUUUGGAAGCACGUCACGUUCUGGAUGAUAAUCAACAUCAUAAUGACAUUCGUUUUACCAACGUCGAAGGCGUCCAGGGCGAGGAAAAAUCUAUCUCUGUUGAAGAAUCCAGACAGAUUUUGGAAGAGGCCAUAGAAUACUCUAUACAUGGUCCAAGUAUACAAGGAAUUCAAGGUGGUUACGAUGAAUUAGCUGAUAUAGAAUAUGCGUCUACUGACACGAAUACUGUCACUGAAAUUCCAGAAAACAUUAAAAAUUAUUCCUAUUCCAGAAGCAUCAAUUUGCACGGAUGUAUGCAGACUAAUGUUCCUGAUCCUUAUGCUGUCCAAUCUGACCGUUGUGUAGCGCAGCUUGAUCAUGGUACCCCGCAAAACAUGCCAGGAAAUGGUAAAAAGCUUUAUCAGAAAUAUGUAUCGGGUGGCAGAAAUGACAUUAAUAUUCCACCCCAGCGACGUUCUUUCCACGUUGGUGUCCAAAAUUUGGCACAGACCGCACAACCUAGUUACAAUGCUGCACGGUCUGUUGACGAUACAAACCUAAAAAGUGAUAAUUAUAUUCAACAUGAAUUCAGGAAAUCUGGAUUUCAAAAUUGUGACGAAAGACGAGCCCACCGAUUCAAUCAUGAAAACUGUAACAAGCUAAGCUUGUACAAACAUUGUAAAGAAAAUCUGCUGGGAUUCCAUAUGGGACGUAAAAUUUUGGCCAAUGUAUUUAACCAACAGGACCAAAUAGUUUACUGUAUUGCAGUUAACCACCAGCAAAUGAGGCAUUAUUCUACCUCGAAACAAAACCAACCGGAUCCUGAUCAUGAAGAGGUCGGUAACAACCCACCCGAAUCUUCUCCAAACCCUCAGGAUUCUCCUUCAAAGUAUUCCAGGGCAAAUUUAAAAAAGGCUAUCGCAGAAUAUGGUUCCACUGUAAUAGUGUUCCAUGUAGGCUUAGCUUUGAUGUCCCUUGGAGGGUUCUACGUUUUAGUGUCAAGUGGGAUUGAUGUCGUUGGACUUCUGACAAAGUUUGGGAUAGGAGAGAGCAUCUUCCAGUCGAAGUUAGCUGCAGGUGCUAGUACCUUUGUCAUCGCCUAUGCUGUACACAAAGUGUUUGCCCCAGUGAGAAUCGGGAUCACUCUCACUGCCACCCCAUUCAUUGUACAGUACCUACGUAGAGUUGGCUUCCUAAAGGCCCCACCAAAGGCUCCUCCAAAGUCUCCACCAACUAAGUCAACUUGAUUGUUAAUCCGUUGAUAGAUGACUGGUGAUACUGAACUUUCUUUAUGUCAAGACGAUUUAGACCAUUGUACAAUCUGCAAACAUAGUCUUGAUCUUCCACACAGAAAGUUAAUAGAGAAAGGUGUUGUGCAAUUGAGCAUACAGAGGUCACUCUAUGGUACAAAGUGUUUGAACCUUUAACAUAGUUUUUCUUUGUAAACUUUCAUGGUCGGUUUCCGCCUUACAUUGUCAUGUUCAAGUAUUGACUAUUCAGAUCUGCUGUUUAUUAAUAUAACAAGUGCUUUAUGAAUGUUGUUCAAGAGCGAUUAGAAAACUAUUCAUUAGACAUGUUGAAUGAUAUAUGAUACAGGCAUGUUUGAUCAUUUACAUAUAAAGCAUCACAUUAGUAACUUCUAAUCUUGAAACAUGUUUGAUAUGGAAGUGUGUGUCGCAGUAAUAAAUGUUACACCCUGAGGAUGCAGACAUGUAUAUUGGAUAAUUAGUUCUUUAAAGUUAGGUUGUCAGAGUAAUGUAGUGAAAUGUAGGAUACAGCCUUAAUUUAUAGAUGAUUAUAGACUUGUAGUUAUAAUUAAGACACAAUUAAGGUUAAUUGUCAUAGUAAUGAAAUGUAUGUAUGUAGGAUACAGCCUUAGUUUAUAGAUGAUUAUAGACUAGUAAUUAAGAUAAAAUUGAUGUUGUCAUAGUAAUGAUACAGCCUUAGUUUAUAGAUGAUUAUAGACUAGUAAUUAAGAUAAAAUUGAUGUUGUCAUAGUAAUGAUACAGCCUUAAUCUACACAAUAGGCUGGUGAUAAAAGACAAAAUUAUGUUGUUAUAUCAUGAUACAGCCUUUUUUUGUUGCAUAAAUGUAAAUUAUUUACUUCAAAACAUGUGUUAGUUAGGGAAAUAUUUAGUUUGGUGACAAUUUUGUAUGCUGAAUGAAAUAUGUACCGGUUCAUAGAUUUUAUAUACAUGUAUAUACAAAUGUAACUUUAAAAAAAGACAUGUUUGUCGAAGAAUUAACAAAAUGUAUGCAUAAAACUGAAGCUAAAAAGAUGUUUUCCCAAAGGUACUUUUUAAGUACAUGUAGUUACUUUAAUGAUGAUUCUCUACUUAUUUAGUAUUUCCCUCAAUUUGUCCUUCAUUAUAUUAUAAAUCACAAAAUGAUAGUGAAAUCAGAAAUAUGUUUGUUAAAUAAAUGCCAUAUUUUGGUCCAAAACGUUGAUAUUUUUGUGUGAAAUAUAUCAAAUCUACUAUGUAUGUAUUGUUAAGAUUUGUGUGACAAUGUUAUGUAGACCAAAUGUAUGAAAGAAGCUCAUAGGUAAAUAUACAAAUGUAUAUACUGGCAUGUUUCAUUUAAUAAAACUGGAGAGAAAUAAUCUC